UUUUUUUAUAAAUUAAAUAUUAAUCUUCUAGUAUUUAAUAAUUGAAUUUUGCAAGAUAUUUCCCCAAAUAUUUAAUCUCAAAUGUUACUGACAUGUGUUAAAGCAGUUAUCUGUGGACUACAUUAGUCGUAACGAUGGUUUCAACACCAAAUCCAAAUGAAUUGAUUGAUACAUUAGAAGAGUUUCUUAAGGAAGAUCUCAAAUCACGUCAAAAAGAACUCAAAGAGAUUGAGAGCCAAUUGAAUGAAAUUGAAAAAUAUAGACAAUUAAAAGCCAAAAAAGAUAUCGGAUCGGCUUUGAAGACAGUGGACAACUUGAGAACUGUUGGAACCAGUAGUACAUCAGUGAAUGACGGGUACGAACACGAUUCGAUUGAAAGCUCUCAUGGAAAUACUACUACUGGUCCUUCCGGGACAACUCGCGCUCGACUUAAAUCACCCAAACCUAAGCCCAAAGAUGUGUACUCUUUAGAUAAGGCCAAACAGUUUUUCCUGAUGGCCGAGACUCGCAACGAAAAAGUUGAAUUAAUUUAUACACUAUUCAGAUGCAAAAUAUUGCAGAAAUGUGUCAUUUACUGUAAAUCACUGGAAAAUGUUGAGAAUUUGACGGAAUCGCUGGUCGCCGAAGGAAUUAGAGCCGAGAAUCUGAUUCACAAAAACUCGAAACAACGACAGAAAGUGAUUGAAGAUAUCAAUGCUAAAAGACUUCCUUUGGAUGCAUUGCUUACAGUGAGACGAAUUGAUGGGUUGAGAAAUAUUCGACAAUAUAUUAUGUAUGAUUUGCCGACUCGUGAUCCUUAUAUUAAAAAGGUUGGCUCUAAGAGUGAGAAUUGUGGCGAAUAUAUGGUUAUAAAUCUCGUGACCAAAGAUGAAUACAAAACUCUUUGUAGUUUCUCGAAGUAUUUCGAUACAAGAGUGUUGCCAAUGAAUAUUCAAUUGUUUCCUGGUCAUAGCGAGGAGUGAAUGUUUUGUAGAG